AUGACCUUUUUAUUCACAAUAAUCAUUGGAAAGCGACUAUUUAUUGACACGGAAAAAAGCUAUGAUAGGCUGGUCUACCAUCUACUUGUUAUUGCAUUCUAUUUUAUAGCAGUAAAACUUCAUUCAAAAAGCAAUAAUUUUACCAGAUUUGUUCCAAUCUUUAUAGGCGUUUUAUCCUAUUUUGCCCAUACCAGAUUUCUCACUUAUUACAAUAUUUAGCCUAAUUAAUAUUCGGUUCUAGAUAAUUAAAGUGGUUGUGAAGGUAUCGCCAAUUAAACUUUAAUAGAUGGUAACUAAAAAUUUUAAGUCUAAAAUGUUGAUAUCAAUGAUAUGUUCAGACAUAUUGUAGUAAUGGGGGCAUUUUUUAUUAAUCAUAUUUACAUUGAUAUUUUUCUGACAGUAACUAAUUUCGACUCACUACUAUUAAAUGGUAUGACCUGGGGCCUUCUUAGUUUAAACACAAUGAAUAAUUCUGGUCUUACAAUUAGCACAAAGAUUUCCGUACUAACUCUUGCUAUAUUUGCAUUUAAAUUUUCAGCAGAUGCCAGAGAUAUUAAAAGGAACUAAUUUAAAAACUAUGUGGAGCAAAAAAACCUUAAUCUUCAAUGGAUGAGCAUCUUCAAAAGACUUCCGAUCGGAAUCCUUAUCACUAGAGAUAACAAGGUUAUUCACUCAAACAAAAAAAUGUUAGAAAUACUUGGAAAAGACUAAAUAAAUUAUCUCGAUGAAUUAGAUAACAGUCUUCUAAUCACCUAGGAUGAAAUAGGUUCAAUAGAUAUGAAUAUGAAAAAGGAAUGUGGGUCCUUCAGAAAUCUGAUUGAUAAUAAGAAUAAUGGAAAUUCAGUUGGAGGAGGUUAUAGGAAAAUGCUUGGAAGAGUAAGCAAGAUUAGAUCGGAUACAAAUGCAUCUGAAAGCAGUGAUAAUAACAACUUUCUAAGUAAUUAAUCCUCCGCCUAAAAAAAGUUUAAAAUUGGCACUGACACGUUUAGCUUUAUUUUCUAAAAGGUGCGAAUAUUGAAUGUGACAAUAAAUCUCAUUCUAUUUAUGGAUAUAUCCCAAUAAGAAAAAUUAUUCGCGGCAAACUUGGAGAAAAAAUAUAAGAACAUUUUUCUGUCUAGUAUCUCUCAUUCCUUGAGGACUCCUUUAAAUUCAUUAUAGUUGAAUAAUAACAUAAUGAAAGAACUUUUGAGAGACAGAAGAGAUGUCAAGGACAUUCUAGAAAUUGAUUCACAAACUCAUGAACUUUUAAACUACUAAAUUAAUGAUGUGCUUGAGUACUCUAAACUAGAGACUGGAGAGUUUAAACCCAAUUAUAAGGUUUUUCCGAUCGAAAAAUUUAUGAGACAUAUAGCAUGGAUGUUUGAAACAUAGGCUCAUGCGAAAGGUCUUAAAUUCACAGUUUUAUUAGGAAAAAAGAUACCAGAAAGUGUGUUUCAAGAUUAUACAAAGCUAGGGCAGGUUCUAGUUAAUAUACUCAGUAAUGCAAUCAAGUAUACCCCAGAGGGUCAAGUGAAAGUAGUAGUUGAGCAUACCCUCAAGUAAUACAGAAAGCUAUUGCAAAUAAAAGUAUCAGAUACUGGAAUUGGUAUUUCAAGCAAAAAUGAAGUUGGACAAUGGUUUUAAAACCUCUCUGUAAUAGAAAAUGUUAAUCAAAAUGGAAUCGGCUUUGGAAUAAACAUUUCCAAAAGACUAAUAAAUUAGCUAGGAGGAGAUCUUUUGAUUGAAAACAAUGCUAAUAUUCCAAAUUCUGAUACAAAACGAGGUGUUACUGUCACUAUAGAGUUUCCAUAUCGGCAAAGAGCAAUUGAAGAAUCAGAAAAUGAUCAUGAGAUUGAAGACUAACAAUUGGCAUAAGAAUAGAUACAAGUGGUUCAAAGUUUCCAUUCAUUAAGUUACUAUGCCAGAUUAGAUACAUCUGUAAUUGAUAAUGAAAUGAACAUUAAUGAUGAAAAAAUGGACGAUAAAGAAAAUUCACUAGUUGAGAAGUUAGAGGAACAUACCUUAAAAAAUUUGAAUACUCUACUAGAAAAGAAAGAUGGAAAUCUGAAUAGGAUUAAAAGAAAUCAAAGGACCAAAUCCUAUGAUAAGAUGCUAAAAAAACAUAUUUCUCUUUUUUAGGGGGAUCUUUAAGAGGAGGAAAAAUCCAAGGACGUAUAUUUACUAAAUCAAGAGAAAAAUAAAUAUAUGGCCAAGAAAAAUUCUAUUGUACCAAAGAAUGAGAUUAUAGUAUCAAACGCAUACUAGAGAUUAUAAUAUUAAACUUACGAUCUUGAGAUGAUGAGAGAUUUUAAACCUUGCUGCAAUAGAAUUUUGGUUAUUGAUGAUAAUCCAUUUAAUGUCAAAUCAAUUUAAUUAAUGCUCUAGCACUGCUAUAAAAUGGAGUGCGAUGUUGCUUUCUCAGGGUAGGAUGCCAUCUCUUUAGUGGAGGAAAGGCUCAGAAAAGUUCAUAACAAAGGUUGUUUCCGUUUGUAUUAGCUCAUAUUGACAGAUAUAAAUAUGCCAGAAAUGGACGGGCUUUAAAUGACGAAGAGAAUAAGAAAGAUCAUUAGAGAUAAUGUAAAUCUUUUCAACAACAAUUAACCCUCUUGUGCAAUCUGGGCUAUUACAGCCAUGAAUGAGACAGAAUUAGAAGAUAUGAUCAGCUCUGAAAAUCUUAAUGGUGUCUCAGUGAAACCUAUGAACUAUAAUAAAUUAGGAGAAAUAUUGUAAGCCUUUAUCAAAUGA